GCAUCAGGUACUGCACGGUCUCCACGGCGAUGCACAGCAGGUACCCGAAGUCGGCGGCCGCCAGGUUCAGGAUGUAGACGGUGAAGUGGUUCCUGCGGAUGCGGAAGCCCAGCAGCAAAUGCAUCCUGCUCACACCAUCCAUGAGCCUUGGAGCGGUAGCACAUUCCCUUCCCUUCCUGGCCACCUAGCCACCUGUGCCAUGGCAGCCUGAUCUGCAGCGAUGGCACAGGACAACUCCUCCCGGGUGACUGAAUUCAUCCUCCUGGGGCUUUCUGACAGGGAGGAGCUGCAACUCCUCUUCUUCACCCUCCUCCUCCUGGCCUACGCCAUGGUCCUGCUGGGCAAUCUCCUCAUCAUCGUGACGGUCAGGACUGACCCCAAGCUCUCCUCGCCCAUGUACUUCCUCCUCUGCAAUCUGUCCUUCAUCGAUAUCUGCUACACCUCUGUCACGGCCCCCAGGGUGCUGGUGGCCCUGCUCUCAGGGCACAAGGCCAUUGCCUUUGAGGGCUGCAUGGCCCAGCUGUUUUUCCUGCACUUUGUGGGCUCCUCGGAGAUGUUCCUCCUGACGGUGAUGGCGUUCGACCGCUACACGGCCAUCUGCAGGCCCCUCCACUACACGGCCAUCAUGGCCCGUGGGGCCUGCUGGGCGCUGGUCGCUGCCUGCUGGGCUGGGGGCUUUAUCCACUCCAUGGUCCAGACAGCGCUCAUGCUCCAGCUGCCCUUCUGCGGCCCCAACACCAUCCACAGCUACUUCUGUGACGCGCCGCCCGUCGUCCGCCUGGCCUGCGCCGACACCGCCCUCACCGAGUGGCUCAUGGCCUCCAACAGCGGCCUCAUAUCCCUGGUCUGCUUCCUGGUGCUGGUGGCCUCCUACGCGCUCAUCCUGGCCAAGGUCCGGGCCCGCGUCUCCCAGGGGAAAUGGAAGGUGCUGUCCACGUGUGCCUCACACGCGAUGGCCGUCACCCUGCUCUUCGUGCCCUGCAUCUUCACCUACCUGCGGCCCGCUGGGACCUUGCUCACCAGCAAGUACGUCUCUGUCAUCUACACGAUCUUCUCACCCAUGAUGAACCCCCUCAUCUACACCCUGAGGAGCAGCGAGGUGAAGGAAUCCAUGUGGAGACUCGGGAAGCGCUGCAGAGCCUUCUGAGACAGGCUGGGUUGGCAGAACCCUGGAGUUACACCCAGAGUUACACCUGGAGACACAUUCCUACUCUACUCCUACACAAUAAUGACUUAGUGGCUAAAGCCCACAGACUUCAAAUUAUGUACAAACACAUUUCUACACACAUAUUACUGUUAAUAUUAAAAAUCCAUGCUGAAAACCCCGAACUUCCUAAACACUUUCCCUCGUGUGGAUC